AUGGUCAAGGACACUCCAUUACAUUCAUCUUCAUCCACUUCACUAUCGUCACUAUUUAGGCCGACAAAGUUGAAGAAUCUAUCGGCCAAAAUAUUCAACGGUGGUGGUAACCAAUCAAACUCAAAGGCAGACAAUAUUUUAAGGCCCUCCUCUAAGUCGUCGAAAAAACUCGCGGAUUCCGACCAGGAGGACUACAUAAAUUAUAACAAACCUAAUUACCGAGGGUCGACCACGGGCAAGAACGUCCCGGGAAAUAGCGCAUCGUCAAAGGAGUCAUCUGCUCCCACUUCGGCCAGAAAAGCUCUCGUUGACUCUCCUUCAUCGAGGCCCCCACACAGUAAUCAUAAUCCUGUACGUGCUGGGCAUACCGUACCACACCUACCCCAUAGUAUUCACAAUCCAAUAAACUACAUUCAUCAGAGCUCAAAGGAUUCUUUCCAUCAUCCUCAUCCUGUCCGUCCUACAGCUCAGAAUAAAAUAUCCACAGUUUCCUCGGCCAAAUCUGACACAUCUCCAAACUUGUCAUAUCAGGCACAUAUGCAUCCCGUAGAAAUACUACAGAAACAAAUUGAAGACAGACACUUCAUGGACUCUCAAGCGUCCACUCCUGGGUCUGUGGACUUACACCAUAAUUCAUCAAGCGGCAGUGAUGACACCUCAUCUAAAAAGAAGAAAUCUCUGAGAUUGACGAGAUUUUUCAAAAAAAUUCAUAAUGAUUAUCACGACAACCACCACCAUCACCACCACUAUCAUAAUCGUGGAUCGACUCCAACGAAACCAAAUGUCAAUUCAAAUACUAACGAAAGUGUGGUAGAUAAUAACGGCAAAACGCUAUACGAAACGGACAAUCCAGUAGAAUUGUUAGAGAAGUACGGUAUACCUGGUAGAAAAUUAGGCGAAGGAGCUUCUGGUUCAGUGUCCGUCGUGGAAAGAACCGACGGUAAAUUAUUUGCUUGCAAAAUGUUCAGAAAACCACACUUAAACAAUGAAGGAACUAACCACUCUCAAUUGGCCAACUAUUCUAAGAAGGUUACCACAGAAUUUUGUAUUGGUUCCACACUUCACCAUGAAAAUAUCAUUGAAACGUUGGAUAUGUUAACUGAAGGUGAAACCUAUUUAUUGGUGAUGGAAUACGCGCCAUAUGAUUUCUUCAAUCUCGUCAUGAGUAAUCUAAUGACACAGUCCGAGGUCAACUGUUACUUCAAGCAGCUGUGCCAUGGUGUCAACUAUCUCCACUCCAUGGGCUUAGCUCACAGGGACUUAAAAUUGGACAAUUGUGUCGUUACAAAAGACGGAAUUUUGAAACUGAUUGACUUCGGCAGCGCUGUAGUUUUCCAAUACCCAUAUGAAGACACCAUCGUGAAAUCUCAUGGAAUUGUGGGGUCCGAUCCUUAUCUAGCUCCUGAGCUGUUAAAACAAACAUCCUAUGAUCCAAGAGUAGCAGAUGUCUGGUCCAUCGCUAUUAUAUUUUAUUGUAUGGUAUUAAAAAGAUUUCCUUGGAAGGCUCCGAAAAAAAGCUUUAAUUCAUUUCGGCUGUUUACCGAGGAACCUGAAGACGAAGAUGACAUUGCGAGGGGCCCAAAUAAGAUAUUAAGGCUACUACCAAGAGAUUCGCGGAAAAUAAUAGGCAAGAUGCUUGCUUUGGAGCCGAAACAAAGAGUGUUAAUGAACGAAGUGGUGAAGGACGAUUGGCUCGUAUCCGUUCCCUCCUGCGAAACUGACCCUACAUCUGGCAACUUGGUUAAGAAACCAAAAAGCCAUAAGCAUCACUUGGUAACAGAAGAGGAGUUAAAUGAACUAACCAAGCAAUACGGAAACAAAGAUUCAAACUAA